UCAUCAUAUUUAUCAUGAGACAAUAACAUGGCUCUCCCCACCCCUGAAUUCGUUCCGAGAUCCUGCUGGACAGGAUGCACAAUGGUAUUUCAAAACAGCAUAGGUGAAAUUCCACCUGGGUUUAUCUUUUUUGUAAAAUAACUAUUCUCCUUCAGCAGAAGGACUGCUGUGUAAAUAGGUCAUUGCUUAUGGGCACUUCAUAUCAUCUGUAGCCUUUUCUGUUAUGCAUGCUGGGUAUAUUUUGCAUUAAUCUACAGACAGGAUGAAUAAUGAGCACAUCUGACAUAUUGGAAUCCCACCAUGCUUCAAGUGUUUUCCUUGUGCAAAUUAAAUCACUGCUAGUCCUCUCUUGUAGUGGUGAUGGGGGAUGGUUAAAAAAAAUCAAAACUAAACUGCAUUCACGCAGUCUCUCCCUCCCUCCCCCGUUUCUUUCGUUUGCAGCUCCAGUUGGGUUUUUUUUUAAUAGGAAUAAUUGAUGAUCAGGAUAAACCCAAAGCUCAAAAUUUCGGAAACGAACCGUUAAGGCAUCGAGACGCGUCUCUUUAAUCUGGGGGGUGGAUCUCCUUUGGCUCAAACGAACUGCGUCCGUCACCUGAAGAAACGGAUUUGUUUGAAGCUGAUUGAUGGUUCGGAUGCGAAAUCGGGUUUGGCGAAUAAGGGCGGGGAGGGGGACUGGCAAUCCGACACCUGGUCGUCCGCACCUCGGGGAAGGCUUUUCCCAUCAGCACUUUUGCCUGUGUGGUGGGAGUCGCCACCUCCUCCCCUCAUUGGGCUAUCCUUCCGCUGAAGUAUAAAAGCAGCUCUCGUGAUCUGCCGGUCUGCUUGCGACGGGAGGCAGAGCCGAGCACGUCAGACAGCACCAGCGGAGAAGAUGGAAGCCACGCUGGGCUACUGGGAUAUCCGAGGGUUGGCUCACUGCAUUCGACUGCUCUUAGAGUAUACCAAGACCCCCUAUAAAGAGAAACAUUAUGUUGGUGGAAAAGUGAAAAACAAUGAACUGAAAUCAGAACAAGUUGGAAAGAUUGGCAUUGUUUCUAAUAUGGAAGAGUCUGAAUGGACGAGUGUGAAGGAGAAGCUGGGCUUGGACUUCCCAAAUCUCCCCUACCUUAUUGAUGGUGACAGAAAGAUUUCCCAAAGCAACGCCAUCCUGCGAUACAUUGCACGCAAGCACAAGAUGUGUGGUGAAACUGAAGACGAAACAAUCAGUAUGGACAUACUGGAGAACCACCUCAUGGAUUUCCGUGUGAGCUUUGCACACUUGUGUUACAGUCCGGAUUUUGAAAAACUAAAGCCUGGCUAUUUGGAAUCACUACCUGGGAAACUCAAGCUGUUCUCUCAAUUUCUGGGGGACAGGCAGUGGUUUAUAGGAAGAAAGCUCACCUACAUAGAUUUCAUUGCUUAUGAUGCGUUAGAUGUACAUCAAAUGCUGGACCCAAACUGCUUGGAUCAGUUCCCAAAUCUGAAGGAGUUCCUACAUCGCUUUGAGGCCUUGGAGAUGAUUGCUCCCUACCUGAAAUCAAAUCGCUGCAUCAGAAGUCCAAUCUUUUGGAGUUGUGCCACGUGGGGUGGCAACAAAAUCUAGAAGAGACCACAAGUUUCAGGAGAGGAACAACUGGAACUGCCAUAUGAAAGAGGGAUCUUCAUUAGUCCUCCAUAUUUCCAAACUUGAUUAUGGCAUGCAUUCACCUAAUAAAGAAUAUAAGAAACUGGAAAAAAACCCGAGUCUGUUUCUUAAUCCCUCUUUGGCCUGUUUCCCCACUUUAAAUUUGGGCUCCAAUGUUGCAGCAAAGGAGGUUACUUUUUAUAGAUCCUAAAUGGUGCUUAGGUAACAAACUAUGUUACCCCAUGUCUUUUUCCUGAGAACUCUGCUUCUUUCAAUAGGGGAAAGGCAGAUUAAGUUCAUGAGGAGCAUUUUCAAUCAGAAUAGAGCUGGAAGGUACCUUGGAGGUCAUCUAGUCCAACCCCCUGCUCAAGUAGGAGACCCUAUACCAGUGAUGGCGAACCUUUUCGGCCAUCAGUGCUAAAAAGGUUGCACAGAGACAUCACAUGUACACGUGAGUGCUCAUUGGGGCCGCGCUCCGGAAAAGCCAAACUUCCAGGUUCUAGCGCACAUGCGCACCCGGCAAUCAGUUGGCUGGCAUGCAUGCACAGACCAAUUUUUUUAGCACUGCCACACACAUGAAGGGAUCGUGCUCCAGAAAAACUGAACUUCUGGCAUGCGCAUCAGACAAUCAGCUGGCUGGCACACAUGCGCACACAGGUUUUCAGCACUGCCGUGCACGAGGACA